AAUGCAUUUUUGCUAUCAUCACAGCUCUGUGUUACUGUCGGGUCCGCACUCUGCAGUUGACAACAUUUUGCUCUGUGUAAAUUAUCAUGUACUUCCUCCUUUUCUAAAUAUAAGUCUUUUUAGAGAUUUCAAUAAAAACUACAUAUGGAUGUAUAUACACUUAUUUUAGAGUUUAGAUUCACUCAUUUUGCUCCGUAUGUAGUCUGUAUUGAAAUCUCUAGAAUACCUUAUAUUUAGGAACGGAGGGAGUAGAUCGUUGCUGUAUAAGCUGGAUCUUAUUUGUGCAAGUUCCAUUCAUCUAUGCAUAUUUUUGGGAAGGCUCGAUUUGCCUAUUGUUAGAGGUCAAUAAGGAGAAGGUGAGUUGCCCAACUGCUGAGGAGUCAAAUAUAACAUUUCUUUCUUUCUGCAACAGCAUGGACGAUGCAGGUUCAGAGUCAACGGCUGUGCCCCUCGAUUUAUUACUACAAAUCACAGAUGGUUUCUCCGAGGAGCGGAAACUUGGUAGUGGUUCGUUUGGAGAGGUUUACUUGGGUGUGCAUCCAGACGGGCAAAAGAUUGCUGUGAAGAAGAUCUAUGAUAUGCCAGGAGUUGACGAGGAGCAAUUUCAGAAUGAGUUUAAGAACCUUGCAAGGCUGCAGCACCGAAAUAUUGUGCGGUUAGUUGGCUAUUGCCACCAUAUUCAGGAAGUACCAGCAAUGUAUGAAGGAAAAUUGGUUCUUGCGGAAAAGAUACAUAGGGCGCUCUGCUUGGAGUAUAUGUCUAAUGGAAGCCUUGAAAAAUAUAUUUCUGAUGAAUGUGAUAAAUAUGAUUGGCACACUGGCUACGGAAUAAUUAAGGGGAUUUGCCAGGGUUUGAAAUACCUCCACACUAAAUUAAAGCCACCUAUUUAUCAUUUGGAUUUAAAGCCAGCCAACAUAUUGCUGGAUGAGAACAUGGUUCCCAGAAUUGCAGAUUUUGGGAUAUCAAGGCUGUUUGGAGAUGAACGAACACGAGCUACAAAAAGUACUUUAGGGACACAAGGGUACUUACCGCCGGAAUACAUACGCAACUAUUUAAUCUCAAGUAAAUUUGACAUAUUCAGCCUGGGUGUUGUAAUCAUAAAGAUAAUGGCAGGACGGGCGGGCUACUACAGAAGUGCUGAAAUGUCUUCCCAUGAAUUCACUAAUUUUGUACAGGAAAAUUGGACAAAUAGGCUACACGAAACAUCGAGUCUGAUGAAGGCAUAUUCCAAGCAAGUAAAAAUAUGUAUUGAAAUAGGUUUAAGUUGUGUGCAGGAGGAUCGACACAAAAGGCCAACUGUAAAGAAUAUUGUUGACAGACUGAAUGAGACAGAAACUGAGUGUACCUAUGCAUAUAAGAAAUUUGAUGUGCAGGAGAACUCAGGGGGGCUCACCCCUGAUUAUUUCAUGAACAAUGGCCGCCCUGUCAGUGAAGUGCCUCUGAACAAUGAUGCAAGCCCUUCCAAACAAGCUAGAACGGCAUGGCAAUAUCCUACAGACAUGACUGCACAACAAGAACUUGGUGAACGACAAGCAGCUUCGCUUCCUGAUGGAAUUUAUGAGCCUCCUAGGCAGAUAUCGGAAGGUUUUCCUGAAUCUGGAGGCACCACUAGAGUCAAGCUGCGCUUUGUCGAUGUUGAAGGACCAAAAGACCCCCUUUACACUGGUUGUCCAGUACAAUGGCUGAAUGGAGAAAAUGCUAAGGUAGUGAUAUUUGAAAACGAUAAGCAAAUCACGCAGGGCAACCUUUCUAAAUUAAAAAUUGAGAUUUUAGCAGUCCAUGCUGAUUUCUUUACCGAGCGAGGACAAGCGGACUUCACCAAAGAGGAAUUCAACAAGCAGAUACAUAUGUAUAAUGAGAAUGAGUCAGUCUUAACAACUGUUAAUUUAAAAAAUGGCGAGGCCUGUAUCGGCUCCUUUUUCUUUACGGAGAGCUACAGGAAAAAGUUAAGAUUGACAGCAAGAGUUGAAAGACAGGAUCUUGCGGUCAGAGUUCAAGAAGCAAUUACUGAUCCUUUUGUCAUCAAAGACCACCGAAGCGCAUUAAAUGGAAAGAGGUAUCCUCCAUCUAAAGAAGAAGCGGUACAUCAUUUGGAGAACAUUUCUCUAAAGGGGAAGCGUUGCAAUGACCUAGCUGAUAAAAAUAUUACUACAGUGAAGCGCUUGAUGCGUCAUUAUCACAGAGAUAAAUCUGGUCUCCAAAAGCUUACUGGCAUGAAGGAUGAGGACUGGAGUACCAUGGUAACACAUGCCACCACGUGUGAUCCUGGGGUUGAGAUCUAUUCUUAUGGAGUUGCUGAGGAAAAUUGUGAACUCUUAUUCAAUGAUUUUUAUGAUCUUGUCGGUGUGUUGACCAAUGGAGAUUAUGUUCCUGUCAGUCACCUUGAUCAGUUUCAGCAGCUUAAAAUGAAGAGCUGGAAAAUGUCCGCAUUCAAGAAACUUGAGGAGCGGGAAAAAUCAGGGGUUCUUAUUCCUGAUUAUUUGAUGAUGAAUGGCUGCCCUGUCCGCACAGUGCCUCUGAACAAUGAUGCAGGUCCUUCCGUACAAGCUAAAAGGACAUCGCAAUAUCCUAAUGACAUAGCUGCACAGCACGAAUUUGGUGAUUCAGAAUUUGGUGAUCGACAUUCAUUGAUUGGGUUCUCACUGGCUGAAGUCCUGUCAAACAAUGACGCUGGUGAUUCGAAGCAAGAACAGACGGUGCAUCAAGGACAUGGUCAGCCCGAUGCUUCUAUAACACAGGCAAAUAUCUUAAAUGAUCAGGGAUCACUUUCAGCACAGCCAACUCCGUUACACAAUUUUCUACCAGUUCCAGCGGAUGAGAUGAUCACACGUGCAAGUCUAACUGAUGAACAGACUGAAUACUUCUCGACAACUGAUGAACAGACUGAAUACUUCUCGACAACUGAUUCUCUUGGAAUUAAUACAGGAGAUUUGAAGCAGGUGAUCAUAGCAUGUGGUAAGGCUGCUGCAGGGAAUGGUAUAUAUGAGACAGAAGUACUGAUAUCUGAGCUACGUCAGCUGGUGUCUAUCUCUGGAGAUCCAAUGCAACGCCUAGGAGCAUGCAUGUUGGAAGGCCUUGUUGCCAGAUUUUCUUCCUCUGGAAGUAAGCUGUAUAAAUCCUUGAAUUGCAAAGAACCUACAAGCCCCGAGCUCAUGUCUUACAUGCAUCUCCUUUAUGACAUGUGCCCAUUGUACAAGUUUGGUUACAUGUCAGCCAAUGGCGCCAUAGCAGAGGCUGUCAAAGGCGAGAACUUCGUUCACAUCAUCGAUUUCCAAAUCGCACAGGGGAGCCAGUGGAUAACUAUCAUUCAGGCUCUUGCAGCGAGGCCCGCGGGUCCACCAUGCCUAAGAAUCACUGGUAUAGAUGACUCAAACUCUGCUUAUGCCCGAGGUGGUGGACUGGAUAUGGUUGGGACAAGAUUGCAUAGCAUCUCUGCUUCGUGUGGCCUUCCCUUUGAGUUCAAUGCUGUCCAUGCUGCUAGCCAUGAGGUUUAUAUUCAGCAUCUUGACACAAGACCUGGGGAGGCUAUUGUAGUGAAUUUUGCCUAUCAGCUGCACCAUACUCCUGAUGAAAGCGUGAGCGUGGAAAAUCAUCGGGACAGGAUUAUAAGAAUGAUCAAGAGUCUAGCCCCCAGGGUGGUGACUCUUGUUGAGCAGGAGUCGAAUACAAACACAACUCCAUUCUUCCAAAGAUACUUGGAGACCCUCGACUACUACACGGCAGUGUUUGAGUCAAUAGAUGUUGCUCUCCCAAGGGAUGACAAGACACGGAUUAGCACGGAGCAGCACUGUCUUGCCAGGGAUAUCAUCAGUUUAAUCGCGUGUGAGGGUGCUGAAAGGGUUGAGAGGCAUGAGGUGUUUGGAAAAUGGAAGGCAAGGUUUGCAAUGGCUGGAUUUAGGCCAUACCCGCUGUGUUCGCUGGUGAACAACACCAUCAAAACACUGCUGGAUGACUACCACCGUUGCUACAGGCUUGAGGAAAGGGACGGAGUCCUUUACCUUGGUUGGAAGAGUAGGAUGUUGGUCGUGUCUUCUGCAUGGCGCUGACAUGUCCUGAGAAGACGCUCAUAUGGAACGUGUGCUUAUAAUUAAGCGCUUUGCUGCUUGUCGGUUCAGUUGUCUGUCUACUCACUGGUCAUCUUAAUUCAGAGGAAUCCGCACCAGGAGUUGCUGUAAAAAUACCGCGACAGCCAACGUAGAAGAAGGCGUAGUGAUUAAAUAAAUAAAUAUGUUUAUAGCUAGGAAUUUGGUGUGUUGUGGUUUGCUCCCGUUGUACUAGGAUUGACAUCUCUAAUUAGGGGAUGUUUAGAGAUGAUUAAAAGCUAUGCAGGCACAAGACACGCCUGUUGCAUGUGUCCUAUUUUUCUAGAUCAUGUGGUACUUCUUUUCUGGCGGGUCAGAGAUGCAUGCAUACAUGCCUUCCAGAUUUAUGCAAUAUGCAAUAAUGCUUUAAACCUCUU